UAUGAGAAAAGCAAUAAAUAAUAUUUGCGAUAGCACCUGUAAACAGAAAGAAAAAAGAAACAAAAAUAAUGGAUCGAAAGAGAGACCGACACUCUCAAUACCGCCGUGCUCCUUACUCCUUCCCUAAACGGCGUCGUCCUCUUCCACCGCCGGCAUAUGAUGAGGCCAGCACCGUUGCAGCAGAGGACGAUCUUUUGCCGGAAACUUCCCCGGCUUCUUCCAAACUACCGACGACGGUGGUUAUUAUUGGGGUUCCGGCAGAGUGUUCUGUCUUAGACCUAAAGUCUCGGUUUGAGAUCUACGGCUCAAUCUCUCGCACCCGAAUGGACCCCACUGGGCUCGGAUACAUCACCUUCCGGUCCAAAGAUUCUGCAGAGUCCGCCAUGUCUGCUUCUGCUGACGCCACUUUCCCCAUUAUCCUUCAUUCCAAACCAGUGCAAGUAAUGUGGGCAAGUGAUCCAUUGCCAGAGCAGAAGGAAGGGGCGUCUAAGAGAGAAGGAACAUUGGCAGUUUCCUCUAAGUUGGUUAGAGCAGAAGUGCCACUAAGUAGGCAUGGGAGAGGUAACAGGCUGGGUUCAGAUAUUGUGAACCCCAAAGAUGACAACAAAACGAAUAGUAAUAAUACUUAUAAGAAACGAGGUGGGAUUGCCUCCAGGUUAGGGGAUCCAUUCAAGGGCAGGGAGCUCGUUGCCUAUGAUGAUAUUCUUUGAUUUAGAAUCGUAUAUGUGAGGAAGUUUUAGAAUGUAAAAUUAGUGUGGUUCUUAUGAUUAUUAUCAGCAAUGUUGUUUUUAAGUUAAUACUGAAAUUUUUGUAAUAUCCUUCUAUAAGUUAUCAGAUUAUGGUGUUUUUGUUUAUGUGGUUUCCUUUGUUAGAUUAGUGGUUUAUGAAGUUUCUUGUUAGAUGUUUAUGAGUAUUCUCUAAUUUCUGUUGCUGGUAAAAACAAUUAUUGGUCCUGAUCAAGACAAUUAUUGGUGUGUAAACAUUUAUGAGUACUAGUUUUACUAGCUUUGAUUU